AUGGAGACCAUUGGAAUCACGGUGCUUGAUCAGACCCUGGACAGGUCAUUUCUGCACGGCAAGGCAUUGAUAGUGUCACCGAUGAUGUGCCUGAAAAGAUCCUUGCAUUCAAGGGUUAUCAGAGUCUGUAUCAGGGUAUCAACGACUCGUCACCAGCAGAUCGGUGACCGCCUACAGCCCCCGCGACGCCGGAUUUCCUUGUUUCGCUGCUGGUCCACCUCAACCCGAAGACCAGCGAUCGAAGUCCCUUCUCCGAGCGCCAUCGCAUCUGAAAGCCCGCGCCGGCCCGCGAAGUCGCUGCUGUUUGCGACCCAGGAGGCCGACGCCAGCCCUCGCCACUCCAUCACCCCUCCAGACGCCGAUCAAGCUGCCGGACUCCACCACCAACGCCAGAGAAGCCGGUCCCGCCUGCCCUUGCUGCUCUGCCCCGACACCUGCAGCGCCUCCACUGGAGUCCGAUCCGCUCAGAUCCUCUGCCCAGAUUUGCUCGAGCACCAGCGGCACCCCCCUCCGAAUUGCCAGAUCUCGCCGGAGCUCCGCACCUCCGCAACCUCUGAUUGCGACACCCCUGUUCCGCCGGUUGUCCCUGCUGCUCGGGUGCCGCCCCGUUCCUGCCGGUCCGCCUUCGCCGGAGUUCCCGGUGACCAGCCGCACGAGCUGCCGAGCUUUUCUUUUGGAAACAAAGGAAAAAGAAAAACAAAAAUAAAAGAAAAAGAGAAAAGCAAAUUAGGCAUUAUACGUAAGGAUUUUGUCCGAACUUAUUGUAAUUAUUAAUUUGAUCAGAGACAUCGGA